ACAAUUCUCUCAAAAUCCCAUUUCUCCAUUUUCUCUUCUUCAAAAUGAACUCACCAUCAACAACUACAAGAAGAAGACCAUGUUUCAUUGAAGAAGAUGAUGGUCUUGUUUCUUUAGCUGAAACUCAACCUGAGUUCUCAGGCAAUAAUAAUCAAAAUCAUAAUAAUAAUAAUAAUAACAAUAACAAGAAUCAUAAUUUGAUUUAUAGACCUCUUUAUUAUUCAAGAAGAAAUAGCAUGAAGAAUCACUCUUCUUCUUCUUUGUUGUCUCCAAGAUCUGUUAUUUCUGCUGGAAAAUACCUUGAUGGUAGAUUUGAUGAACCCCAUCACUAUUUCUUGGAUGCUUGUUCUCUUUGUAAGAAAAGACUUGGGGAUAACAGUGACAUCUUCAUGUACAGAGGGGACACUCCAUUCUGUAGUGAAGAGUGUAGACAACAAGAAAUAGAGAAAGAUGAAGCUAAAGAUAGAAAAAGAAACAUUUCUUCUUUAAAAGCUAUGAGAAAAAAGGAACAAAAACAACAAUCAACAUCUCCAAACAAAACUUCAGCAGAAGAUUACCCUUUGAGACCUGGAACUGUUGCUGCUGCUUGAGCAAAAAAAUGAAUCUACUUGGAUGAAAAAAAAAUAAUAUUCAAGAAGGUUUAUUUUAGCUAUAAAUAUUAAGAAAAAAAUGGUUUAUAUGAGGGGGUAUGAACUUAUGAAGAAGAAAGAAUAUACAGAAUAGUUUUUUUUUAAAAAAAAAUUAUUAUAUUAAGUUUAUGUUUAUGAUAUGAAAAUUUUGAUAAGUGAGAUGAGGCUUGUAUAAUGAUGCUCUCUUGAAAAGUGGAAAAAAAUGAAUCGACUUUUUUUUUUUUUUGGUUUUUGUCCCAAGUUUUUUGGUGCUCCUAUUUUUGGGGUUCACUUGGGUUGUUUUUUUUUUCACUAUGAAAUGAGAAGCAAGCAAUAACAAGGAGAGUUCUCCCUUUCAUUAUUGUUUUUGA